CCCCAUACCCCAUAAAUUUCCAUGUUCUCUAGCAUUCUCUCUUCAUCGAGACCAGUCUCAUCACUAGCUUGUGUCACUCACCUGAGAUUGGAGUUUCCGCCUGUCCGUACAGGCUUACCGGCGACAAGAGAUAACCCCAGAAGAGCACUGUUGCAGAGGACAAUGGCUUCCGGUGGCGGCCAGCAGUUUCCACCCCAGAGGCAGGAGAGGCAGCCAGGGAAGGAGCACGUGAUGACCCCCACCCCGCAGUUUAUAAACCCAGACUACAGGCCUGCCCACAAGCUCCAAGGCAAGGUAGCGCUGGUGACCGGUGGCGACUCUGGCAUCGGCAGAGCCGUCUGCUACCUGUAUGCGCUUGAGGGGGCCACCGUAGCCUUCACGUACGUGAAGGUGCAGGAGGACAGGGACGCGCAGGAGACGCUGCAGAUGAUAAGGAAGGCGAAGAGGGACGAUGCGAAGGAGCCGAUAGCGAUAGCUGCGGAUCUGGGGUACGAUGAUAACUGCCGGAGGGUGGUGGAGGAGGUGGUGGCGGCGUACGGGAGGAUAGACAUUCUGGUGAACAACGCGGCCGAGCAGUACAAGUCGUGCUCGGUGGAGGAGAUCGACGAGGAGCGGCUGGAGAGGGUGUUCAGAACCAACAUCUUUUCUUACUUCCUCUUGACCAGGCAUGCUCUGAAGUAUAUGCAGGAAGGGAGCAGCAUCAUAAACACCACCUCAAUCAAUGCAUACAAAGGAAACAAUAAACUGAUAGAGUAUACAUCCACCAAAGGUGCCAUUGUGGCUUUCAUCAGAUCACUGGCGCUGCAGCUUGCACCCAAAGGAAUUAGGGUUAAUGGUGUGGCCCCUGGACCCAUCUGGACUCCACUCAUACCAGCCUCCUUCAGUGAAGAGGAGUGUGCAAGGUUUGGGUCUGAAGUACCCAUGGGCAGGGCUGGCCAGCCAUGUGAGGUUGCACCCUCAUAUGUCUUCUUGGCCUCCCAUGCAGACUCCUCCUAUAUUUCUGGUCAAGUUCUCCACCCCAAUGGUGGGGUUGUGGUGAAUGCUUGAUGGGGUUUGCAAAAGGGAGAAUUUUGUGUGUUCUUGGGGAUUUGUGGAUGAACAAGUCCUGGUAUAUAGAGAUGGGUUUUGUUUGUAAGGAACUAGGGUUUUGAUACUUUUGUGGCAAGGGGAAUAUGAUGUGUUUGAUACAUGAAAUAAAUGGAACUUUGGUUUGUGGCAA